AUGCUGGCAGAGCUUGCUACAUUACACAGACGGUCCUCUGGUGAGAAACACACUGCGGAGCGGGUGCACACCCGGCCAGGCCUAUCCUCUUUAUUUUGCCCCGGGGCAGCGGCCGCCCUCGGUGCCACCCACUACGGCGCUGAACAAACACCCAGCCCGGGCCCCCCAGGGUCCCAACGUGCACCAGCGCCCAGCCUAGCAACCCGCACAACCAACCUCACUGGUCGCCCGCAAAGGCGAAGCGUCGCUGUCAUGUCAACACGCCACAAGGCACCCCUUUAUUGCGAUGUGGGUGACAAAUUCGAUGAAUGA